UUUAAAGGGCGGGGCUUGGCGGUCAGCCUAGUGGCCGGGGCAAAGGCUGGGACUUUACUUCAGCGGCAGAGAACGAGUCCAAGCUCCAUCAGCUGCUGCAACCGCCGCGCCCCAAGCCCCGAGUCUGAGCCACGAUGAGCGGCAGAGUCGGCGACCUGAAUCCCAAGCAGAAGGAGGCGCUGGCCAAGUUUCGGGAGAACGUCAAAGAUGUGUUGCCCAUCCUGCCGAAUCCAGAUGACUAUUUUCUCCUGCGCUGGCUCCGAGCAAGAAGCUUUGACUUGCAGAAGUCCGAGGCCAUGCUCCGGAAGCAUGUGGAGUUCCGAAAGCAAAAAGACAUUGAAAACGUCCUGAGCUGGCAGCCUCCAGAGGUGGUCCAACUGUACCUGUCUGGGGGCAUGUGUGGCUACGACAUGGAAGGCUCUCCCAUCUGGUACGAUAUCGUUGGACCUCUGGAUGCCAGGGGUCUGAUCCUCUCAGCCACCAAACAGGACUUGCUGAAGACCAAGAUGCGGGACUGCGAGCGGCUGGUGCAGGAGUGUCAUCGCCAGUCUGAAAAGCUGGGGAAGAGAGUGGAUACCGUCACCCUGAUUUAUGACUGCGAGGGGCUUGGCCUUAAGCAUCUCUGGAAGCCUGCUGUGGAGACCUACAUAGAGUUUCUCUGCAUGGUUGAGGAUAAUUACCCUGAAACACUGAAGCGUCUUUUUGUUAUUAAAGCCCCGAAACUGUUUCCUGUGGCCUAUAACCUGGUCAAACCUUUCCUGAGUGAGGAAACUCGUAAGAAGAUUAUGGUCCUUGGGGGAAACUGGAAGGAGGUUUUACUGAAAUAUGUCAGCCCUGACCAGGUGCCUAUGGAGUAUGGGGGCACCAUGACUGACCCUGAUGGAGACCCCAAGUGCAAAUCCAAGAUUAACUAUGGGGGUGAAAUCCCCAAGAAGUAUUAUGUGCGAGACCAAUUGAAGCAGCAGUAUGAGCACACUGUGCAGAUUUCCCGUGGUUCCUCCCACCAAGUGGAGUAUGAGAUCCUGUUCCCUGGAUGUGUCCUCAGGUGGCAGUUCAUGUCAGAUGGCUCGGACGUCGGUUUUGGGAUUUUCCUGAAGACGAAGAUGGGGGAACGGCAGAAGGCAGGGGAGAUGACAGAGGUGCUGCCCAACCAGAGGUACAACGCUCACCUGGUGCCUGAGGAUGGGUCCCUCACCUGCACCGAACCUGGCAUCUAUGUCCUGCGGUUUGACAACACCUACAGCUUCAUUCAUUCCAAGAAAGUCAGUUUCACUGUGGAGGUCCUGCUUCCUGACAAAGCUUCAGAAGAGAAGAUACAAGAGCUGGGGUCAGUCACCCCAAAGUAAUGCCUCCUCCCACAGCAGGCCUGGCUCCCUCAGUGUCUCCCUGUCAGUUUCUAUCCCUUACAGCAGUCAUUUUCCAGCACCCUGACACCCAAAGAACCUGGGCAGAAGAAAGACCUCCGCUGGAUCUGGGGAGCUUGUAUCUCAAAAUUAGGAAGAGGGAGAGUAACAGGAGGGGGUCUCCUUGCCGUUUAGGUACUAAGAAUUCCCCAGGGGCUGGGCACCGUGACAGGAUCUAUUUGUCCUGUAAGCUGUGUCCACGUCACCUACUUGUGACAGCUGAGACUGGAAGGGGUUGUCAUGGGGUGGCAGCAGGGAAGAAAUUAGAAAAAAAGGGGAGAGAUUGAGACUUAAUACUUCAGGGAAGCCAGCAGCAGGGGAGGAACUUGCAGCCAAAUGAACGUGUAAGGCUAGAUCAUAACAAGGAGUAACAAGGUAGCCGGUUGCUAGAAUUAUGGUGGGGCUCAGAGGCCCUUCUAGUCUUCCUAUCACUGAGGAUGGGGUCUUUGGCUUUCCUCAGGUCUCAGGAGGUGGCCAAGAGUCAGCACAGAUCUUCCCACUCAGGGGUAGACAGGCAGGCCUUUCCAUCUCCUUGAGUGAGAGCUUCAGCAACUCCUGGGCCCACUGGCUGCCUCUUUAAUUACUAAUGAUUGUCAUUGAUUCAGAGCUUCCUGGGACAGUGAGCUUUGGUACCCAGCCACUAUCCUCCAAUGCAAACAAAGCACAGGAAAAUUACCUCCAGGGAACCUAGCUCUGAGAAGGGCGGCUGGGGAUGGGUGUGUCCUGACGCUUCCACUGCCCUUCUCUGUGUCGCAGCUUCCCCUCAACUAACUCUCCAUUUGAGCCUCCUACACAAAAAUGAAAAGCGGGAUCCAGACAGUAGAGCUCAGUGAGAGCAUUUGCCAGUUUGUUUCCCACGGUGCUGGCCAACUCGCUUCCUGAUUGACCUAAACAAGGGCCUUGGCAGUUCCAUCUCUGUGGGAGGCCUUUGGUGGGUGCCAUGGGUUCCUAGUGCCUGGUGGGGAAGCUGCCCAGGCAGGAGGCCAAAGGCCAGGCCAGCAUCUGGCAGAGCCAGGGGCUGGAGGAAGCCACAAAUAGCCUCGGCCCCUCCAUCCACGGUGACAAGCAGGGAUAGCCAUAGAUGGCCACAGGGACGCUCAGCGACCAGGAGAGGGCACCGGCUCUGCGGGCAACCACAGCUCUUGUCCCAACCCCAUGUUCUGCAAACGCACACCACGUCCUGGGCUGCAGAGAAUAUGGGAAGGAGGCUCAGCCUGGGGAGCUGGUCUGGCGAAGCUGAAGGAGCUGGAGGAGGGACAAGGCUGGCGCGGACCUGAGGGGGCCAUAGGCCGCUAGGGCCCAGCCAGAACCCUCAGGAGGACAUCCCGACUUUGGUUUACAACGCUCUGUUAGCAAAAUUAACCAAUGAAUAAAGCAACGUUCAGUGCA